UGUUUAUGCUAUUACCUUCACAACAAGAAGCAGCAGCGCCAGCCGCAGUUGGCCAUUUGACUCCUCCAGAUGGUCUAGCUGGUCUUCUUGGUGGUUUUUUGGAGUUUUGUAUUAUUUCCAGUAAAACCAGUCAGUCCAUCUCAGUUUUCUGCCCUCGAGACAGAAAAACAUCAUUAAGCGAGUCAUGGCGGCCGACCGGCGCGAGGACAAAGACGGGGAACUGAACGUUCUGGAGGAUCUUCUGACCGAAGCGCCGGAUCAGGAUGACGAGCUCUACAAUCCGGAGACGGAACGCGAAGUCAGCGACAAGAAAGGAGUGAAGAGGAAGAGCGAGCGAUCGGACAACCAGGACGUGAAGAGGCUCCGCCCCUCGUCAGGGCACGCCCCCUCCAGGUCCUCUGGGAAGCGGGCGCUGAGCUCCAAGAAGGCGUCCAGCCCACGCCGCCACACCGCCGCCUACCAUCACGAGUACUACGAGGAGCGAAAGGGGAGGCACGGCGCCCAAGAGGGCACACGGAGCCGCGGCGUGGAGGACGGCCGGCGCCGAGAGUCGCAGCGCAGCGUGGAGGCUUUGAGCCGGAAGCUGCGCCGCGACGAGAGGCAAGUGAGCCCCUCCCCUCACGGUGAAGACAACCAAUCGGAGGAGGAGGCGGAGUACAGCUCAGAGCCGGCGUCGGGAAGCUCCUCGCCCGCCGCCUCGCACGACGAGGAGGAGGAAGAGGAGGAAGACAAUCAGGAGGAGGAGGGGGAGGAGGGUAUGGAAGAGGAAGAGGAGGAGGAGGAGGGAGAGAAGGAGGAUGAAGAUGAGGAGGAGGAUGAAUACGAUGAGCGUCAUGGCGACGGGAAUGACUAUGACACGCGCAGCGAGGCUGGCGACUCUCGCUCCGCCUCCUCUGUCAGUUUCUCAGACGGGGAUUCGGGACGCUCAGGCUCCGCCUCUGAAGCAUCAGGGUCAGAGAAGAAGCGAGAGAAGCUGUCGUCGUCGGUUCGAGCAGUUCGGAAAGGAAUAGAGAAUCCCACCAGCAAGCUGCGCUACAUCCUGCGGGAAGCCCGCUUCUUCCUCAUCAAGAGCAACAACCACGAGAACGUUUCUCUGGCCAAGGCGAAGGGCGUCUGGUCCACGCUGCCGGUCAACGAGAAGAAACUGAAUGCCGCCUUCCAGUCGGCGCGCAGCGUCAUCCUCGUCUUCUCCGUAAGGGAGAGCGGCAAGUUCCAAGGUUUCGCUCGCCUGUCGUCAGAGUCGCAUCAUGACGGUUCUCCGAUCCACUGGGUCCUUCCUGCUGGGAUGAACGCCAAGAUGCUGGGUGGAGUCUUCAAGAUCGACUGGCUCUGCAGGAGGGAGCUGCCCUUCAUCAAGACGGCUCACCUGUUCAACCCCUGGAACGACAACAAACCCGUGAAGAUCGGACGGGACGGCCAGGAGAUCCAGCCGAAGGUGGGCGCCCAGCUGUGCGCCCUGUUCCCAUUGGACGAGAGCGUGGAUGUGCACCAUGUGGCGCGGCGCGUGCGUCAGAAGGGCCAGACGCCGUCAGAGCUGCGGCCACGCGGCCGCCCGCCACAGCGUGAGCCGGGAAGGCGUCGACCUGAAGAGUAUGACCUUCAUGGCAGGAAGCGACCGCGAGCUGAUGGCCCGCCCGACUUCAACCAGCGGCCAGGGUUCAUCCCAGACCUACGGAGCCAGCCCGUGGACAGGAGAUUCUCCAGUGUCAGACGAGACGUCUUCCUGAAUGGGUCCUACGACUACAUGAGGGACUACCACCACAACGUGGGGCCCCCGGCUCCCUGGCAGACUCUGGCGGCGUACCCCGGCGUGGAGCAGCAGCCCCCCCACCACCCGCCCUACUACCACCACAGCCACCCCCCGCCACCCCCCCACCAGGCCUUCCACCACCACCACCCCUCCCUGCCGCCACACGAGGCUCCGCCCCCUCGCUUCAGAGACAAGCAGCGCGUGCCGCAGCACCGCGCCUUCGCGUCCAGCCCACACGACUACGACAUGCGAGUUGACGACUUUCUGCGGCGCACGCAGGCAGUGGUGAGCAGCCGGCGUGAGCGCGAGCGGCAGCGAGAGCGAGAGCGCGGCGGGCCGCGGCGCGACCGCGAGCGAGAGCGGGCGAGGGACAGGGAGAGAGAGAGGGACAAGGAGAGGGGGCGGUACCGCAGGUGAUCACAUGGAACUGAGCGCUCUUAUUUUGACAGCCUGACUUCCCAUUCAUUUUCAAAUUAUGUAUAAAUAGCUGCAGGAUGACAUCAUCAGUGUUCACGUCCGUUUCUUCAAUAAAGUUUCUUUGGUCAAACUUUUAA